AUGCGUUUUAUCAUGAUGACCACUUACAUGUUAGGCCCGUUUGGGUGGGCUCUUAACAUAACCGAUAGAAAUGUGAACAAGUUUGAAAAUACAACAAUUUUGGAUAACAAAUCAAAUGAUAGUGGUCUGAGAUUUUCAACAGCUGAGCUCGUCACAGAAGGAAUUAUUCUUACAAUGAUAUGUUUUACAGCUGUAGUUGGAAACACCUGCAUGUGGAUAAUAGUAAUACGGAAUAAGGAUCUCCGUACCGUCACAAAUUCUUUUCUUUUGACACUCGCCUCAGCUGAUCUUAUGGUGUCUGUUGUGAAUAUGCCUGUGACCAUUCUUACGAUUUUUAAAGGAGAGUGGGUGUUUUCAGAUGAAGCAUGUACGGCACUUGGAUUUACAAAUAUGCUUACACUGGUCACAAGUGUUUUAUCCCUCUGCAAUAUAAGCAUUAAUAGAUAUAUCAUGGUGUGUAGACCUACAAAAUUUAAGACAAUAUAUACCAAACGAAAUGCAGCAUUUAUGAUUGCAGUAUCAACCUCUACAGCGUUUGUGCUUUCACUCCCACCGAUAUUCGGCUGGACAGAGUAUAGUUAUGCUCCAAUCCAAUCUAUUUGUUUUAGCGAUUGGGCACAAGCUCCAUCAUACGCCAUCUUUAUGAUCACGUGCUGCUUUGGCUGUCCACUUAUUGUCAUGCUUAUAUGUAACAUUUUGAUAUUGCGAGAGGUACGGCGACGAAAUAGAAGAGUUAUGAAUAAGAAAAAAAUACAUUUCAAAGCGGUUGUGAAUGUCAUAGCCCAGGCCAAGACUCUGAAUACCACACUAUCUACCUCCACUUUUGCACAACUUGGCGACGCGUCGUCCGGAAGCGAUGCGACAACUAUUUACAGUCAAAAUGAGGCCAUGUCAGAAAAUCUCGGAUGUUUAAAUCAAACAGAGGAUGACUUUUCCAACCCGCAGCCGAUAAAGACAUUUCAAAUUCACAUAGCGUCAACAUCUACUCUUGAUGUAAAUGAAAGUGAAGAAAAUCAAAUUAAAAAGAAAAGAAAACCCAAAAAGCAACCAGUAGUUGUGGCCAGCCAAAGUGAAGUUCACCUCGCCCGAAUGUUAUGCAUCGUAGUAGUCGUGUUUGGACUGUGUUGGUCCCCGUAUUGUGUUAGUAUGUUAUUUAAUAUAUUCUGGGAGGACAUCUUCCUUCCACGUUCAUUCCAUAUGACGACUUUACUUAUCGGAUAUUUCAAUAGCCUGUGCAAUCCAAUAAUAUAUGGAGUACUCAAUAAACGAUUUGGAAAGGAGUUCCGAAAAAUUCUAUGUUUCUGGAGACAGUGA